AAGGGUUGCAGGUCAUCCGCAGCGCCCUUGGUGCUUCAUUUUCGUCUCGCGCAGUCCGGUAGGAAAAGCGCGGACUUUGCCUCUCGCUGCUGGGGCCCGGGCUGCCCGGUUGCAGAGUGAGUGAGUGAGUGAGUGAGUGGCGGCGCCUCUUGGACUGGAGGCCCGCGCCGGCGGGGCGGGGCGACGGGCGGCCGAUCGAUCGUCAUGGAGGCGUCGAACGCGCCGAACGCGCUGCAGCGGAGAGCUUGUUGGGCCGCCAGAGACGAGCUGUGGAGGUGUCUGGACGAGAAGAGCGAUGAUGAUGCGGCUCUGUGUGACGCCUUUCGCAAGGUUUUCGAGGCCAAAUGUCCGGCCCAGUGGGUGAAAUAUUUUAACAAAAGAAGAGAUUUUUUGAAGUUCAAGGAGAAGAUCAAUUCUGAUGGAUUUGAACCUUCAUCGUAGUCCUUGAUUAUAAAGGUACAUGUGUAUGCAGCACAGGACUGAAAUAUCGGGUGGAACAUGCAGUCUUUGGAUGCAGAAGCUCAUUUAUCAUUGAAUAAACAACUGUUGACUGUUCAGUCCUAUUCAUUUUAUUUUUAUCGAGUGGUCUUCUCACACGGUGACAAUGAAGAAAAAGGAUCAGAAACAUAAUAGGCUAUAAACAAAAUGUUGGCUUUUCAUUAAUUUGCUACAGUAACUAUGUAAUUAUUAAAGCUCCUAACCAUAUCUAGGUAUCCCUCGAUUUACAGACUCUUUAUCUGAAAUUUCAGUAUAACGAGUCUUGGCAUAUGAUACCAAAUUUGAUUUAUGGAACGGAAAGUCAGUAUGAUAAAAUUUAUGUGAGCCCUGUUUAAAAAAAUGUUUGGAAAUUGUACAUUGUGUGAAUAAAAUAAAAGUGCAGAAAUGUACUGUUGUUGGUGCUGUGUAGCAUAGCCAACUCAUUCAUAGGUUAGACCAACAUCUUGCUACUGCUAUAUGAGGCAAAAAAAAGUUUGAUAUGUUCAGUAACCAUCAAGUUGAGACCCUUU